AGCAAACAAUGGAAACUCAAUCCGACGGCACAGACGAAGUGAGCACGAUAAAAGAGCUCCGUCAACAACACGAAAGCCGUAUUCAAACCCUACACAACACCCAACUCGAACUCAUCUCCUCAUUACAGCAAACCAUACUCCCCAACAUCGUCUCUUCCUUAGACCUCUCACUCCAAACCAUCUCAUCCAUCAAUGGCAAGCCCUUCACCCCAUUACCCACCACCCUCCCUAACACCCCCAACCCUAAUCUACACGUCCCGAAAAUCAGUGCCCCACGUGUUACGGAACUUUCUAGAAGUAGCAGUGACAAGGAGAGAAUGGUAAUUGAUGAAUGUGGUGGGCCAUUGUUGGUUGUUAGGGCUAUGGUUGCUGUGUGUUUGUUGGAGAGAGUGCCGUUUAGUGCUAUUGAUUCGUCGACGUUGUUGAGGAAGUUGGAGAAUGAUUCGUCGAAUAUGGAGGCUGAGAAGGCGGCGAUUAGGGAGUUAGGUGGGGAGUCGGGAGCGAUAAUGGCCGUUGAAAUGGCGUUGAAAUCGAUGGCGGAGGAUAACGGUUGUGUGGAGUUGGAGAAUUUUGUUGUUAGUGGGAAAUCUAGGAUUAUGGUGUUGAAUAUUGAUAGGACUAGGUUGUUGAAAGAAUUGCCCGAAAGUAAGCAAAAUGAGGGGGGAAAUCGGAAUAGUAAUAGUAAUAGUAAUCAAGAAAUGGUGAAAAGAGUGAGUGAUAAUAAUGGUGGAGGGGUUUUUGGAAUGUGGGACCAUCAUCCACAUAUGCAGGGUAUGAUGUUUCCGGGGAAUAUGGUGGGACCGAGAGGCGGGCAUAGAGGAAUGGUGGGUAUGAUGGGGAUGCCGAGAGGUGUUGGUGUUCCACCACCGAUGCCUAGACCACCAAUGGGGCCGGUUUUAGGAGGAGGAGGAGGAAAUUCUAUUGCUUUGUUGAAACCUAAGUCGGAAGAAGAUGAAAUGAAGGAUUUAGAGAAUAUGUUGAAUAAGAAAAGUUUUAAGGAAUUGCAGAAAUCGAAAACCGGAGAGGAGUUGUUGGACCUUAUUCAUCGGCCAACUGCCAAGGAAUCUGCUGUCGCUGCAAGGUUCAAAAGCAAAGGUGGUUCCCAGGUGAAGGAAUAUUGUUCAGCUUUAACAAAGGAAGAUUGUCGACGCCAAGCUGGUUCCUACAUUGCUUGUGAUAAGGUUCAUUUUCGGCGAAUAAUUGCUGCACAUACUGAUGUCAACUUAGGUGAUUGCUCUUUUCUUGAUACUUGCCGUCACAUGAAGACAUGCAAAUAUGUCCAUUAUGAGCUUGACUCGACACCAGAUGUAUCACCCAUGAUGAUGGGAGCAGGUACCUUGGGCCCUCCCAAGGCUUUGAAGCCUCAGCGUGCUCAUUACUGCUCAGAAGUAGAGCUUGGUGAACCACAAUGGAUUAAUUGUGACAUACGGUCAUUUAGAAUGGAUAUUUUAGGGCAAUUUGGAGUUAUAAUGGCUGAUCCACCAUGGGAUAUUCAUAUGGAAUUGCCUUAUGGGACAAUGGCUGAUGAUGAAAUGCGUACUCUAAAUGUCCCUGCACUGCAAACUGAUGGUCUUAUAUUCCUUUGGGUCACCGGACGUGCAAUGGAGCUUGGACGGGAAUGUCUAGAGCUUUGGGGUUACAAGCGUGUUGAGGAGAUCAUUUGGGUUAAGACCAAUCAACUUCAGCGAAUCAUCAGAACGGGCAGGACAGGCCAUUGGCUCAAUCACAGCAAGGAACAUUGCCUUGUUGGAAUAAAGGGAAAUCCAGAGGUGAACAGGAAUAUUGACACUGAUGUCAUUGUAGCAGAGGUUCGGGAAACGAGUCGUAAGCCAGAUGAGAUGUACCCCUUGCUCGAAAGAAUUAGUCCAAGGACAAGAAAGCUGGAGUUAUUUGCUCGGAUGCACAAUGUUCAUGGCGGGUGGAUGUCGCUUGGGAACCAACUACAAGGCGUACGAUUAGUUGAUGAAGGGCUUAGGGCACGGUUCAAGGCUGCAUAUCCAGAUGUGGAGGUGCAACCUUCAUCACCUCCAAGGCCAUCUGUGAUGGAAAUAGAUUCAAGUUCUAAUCAAACGAGGAAUGCGUUUGCUGGAGGGGAAUCAAAGGCUGCAGGGACCCAGGUCGCUGAGGCCACUGCAUCAGAUGCAGCCUAUGCAACUGAAGGAAAAGCAGUAAACCGUGAUGUGGAGAUGACUAGCUAAUAACUUUGUUGCAAAACUAGUUCUCCCUGUAGUGCUAUUAACGCAUGUAGUCCAGGUAGUUUUGCCCUAUUCAAGAUUUUGCUGGUGGAUGGUGGCACAAUGAGUCACAAUGUGCCUGCUGUUAACCAUAAGAAAGAAGCCUUGCAGCUGUCUGAAGUAUGAUAGUUGAUAAAAUGUACUACUACCCUGUUUGUUGUUUCAUCGAGAAUAGGUAGUGUUUUACAUGUAACUUGUAAGCAGGUAUAUCCUUUUAGCAAACUUAGUCCACUUGGUGAAUGGAUGCCCUGAGUUUUUGGUUGCAAGUGUAAUCUACAUCAAAGCUCAAGAAUGAUCAAACAGAUACUCUUUUUCUGGCUA